UGCUGUUCGGCUCCCCGGGGCCACUGGACUGUCCGGGACUUGCCCCCAGGCCAGAUCCGAGCCCAACACACCCAGCAGCAGCUGCCCCGGCCCGGCUUCCCGCGGGGGCUGGGCCCGCAGAGCCGGAGGGCGGCGCAUCCCAGCGGGGAAGGGGUCUCGGCUGGGCGGCCCGCGGGCGGCAGGUUUGAGAAACCCCUUCCCCGGCCGGGGGCUGCUCCGGCCGCCGGCGCGCAGGGCCGGGCAGCGGCUGGGCGCGGAGAGCGGGGCCCCGACGCGGCGCUUGCGGGGCUGGGCUCGGCUGGGCUGGGCUCGGCUGCCGGCGGAGGGGCGGGCGGGGUCCCGGGGAGACGCGCGGCCCGCGGAGGGCUGAACGGCCUCGGGAACCUCCAGCGCGGCGGCUGCAAACGCGUCUCGCUCGCCCCGAGCCCCGGGGCAGCUGCUGCCUUUGUGCGUCUGCAGCGGGCUCGGCCCGUCCCUCCUGCCCGGCGAGUGCGCGGCGGCCGGGCCGGGCUCCGUGGCGUGGGGCCCCGUCAGCGGGGAAGCUGCAGCCGAGAGACCGAACCUGCCGCUGCCCGAGGAGAGGAGGCUCCGGCCGGCCGGGGCAUGGCUGGGGCGCGCUCCGCUCAGGCUCCAGUCACGUUUGACGACGUCGCUGUGUAUUUCUCCGCGGAGGAGUGGGAGGAGCUCGCGGAAUGGCAGAAGGAGCUGUACAAGGACGUGAUGAGGGACAACUACAAGGCUUUGAUCUCCCUGGGUCAUGCUGCCAUUAAACCUGACAUUAUCUGGCUGAUUGAACGUGGGGAAGAGCCGUAUGUCAAGGGUCACAAGGACUCUGGGAAUGGAAAAGCUUUUAACUUCUUCUCAGUUGCCGAGAUCAGGGGGAAGAAGGAGACUCAUCCGCAGGAGACUCUCAGGGAAUUGGAAGGGCCCAGGCUGUUAGAACGUGGCCUCCAGAGCUCGGACAGGGAAUUAGUCUGUCAGGCUCAGUCCAGCUCAGAAGAUCAUCAGGGAAACUCUGCCAGAAGUGGAGUGGAGCCACCCCCUCCUUGGCAAAGCGGGCUCACUGCAGCCACCUGGCAACGCUGCUCCCUGGGAUGUGAGCAGGCGGCUCCCUUUGAACUCUCUGGGGGAUGCCUGCGUGUGGUUGAGGACAGGUUCUGGCCCUUGGACGUCCUUGCUCCCCAGCCAUUCACUCCUGCAGAGACUCUGUAUAAAUGCAUCCAGUGUGAGAAAUGGUUCACUCCCCCGCCAGCUGCUGGCGGUCACGGCGGGACGCCCCUGGGAGCAGAGCCCUCCAUUUGCCCCAAAUGCAAGGGGAGCCGUGGGGAGAGCUCUCAUCUUAAUGCAUGUCAGAGAAUCCCCCCAGGAGAGACCCCCUGUCUGCGCGCUCGCCGUGAGCACAGCCCAGCCCCAGCCCCCUGCCCCAGAGACUCCCCCCAGGAGAGACCCCCUGUCUGCGCGCUCGCUGUGAGCACAGCCCAACCCACGCCUCGUGCCCCAGAGAAUCCCCCCACGGAGAGACCCCCUCGUCUGCGCACUCGCUGUGAGCAAAGCCCAGCCCAGCCCCUGCCCCUGCCCCAGAGAAUCCCCCCAGGAGAGACCCCCUGUCUGCGCACUCGCUGUGAGCAAAGCCCAGCCCAGCCCCUGCCCCUGCCCCAGAGAAUCCCCCCAGGAGAGACCCCCUGUCUGCGCGCUCGCUGUGAGCAAAGCCCAGCCCAGUCCCUGCCCCAGAGAAUCCCCCCAGAAGAGCGACUAUAUAGAUGCCCCGAGUGCGAGAAAAGCUUCUGCUACAAGCAGGAAUACACGUGGCACCAGAGAGCCCACCUCAGCGAUAGGCUCUAUAAAUGUAGCGGGUGCGAGAAAAGCUUCCGCUCCAAGCAGGAGCUGGUCUGGCACCAGCGGGCCCACGCAGCAGAGAGGCCGUACAAGUGCAGCGAGUGCGAGAAGAGCUUCCGCUACCCGCAAGAAUUCACCUGGCACCAGAGAGCCCACGUGGGCGACAGGCCGUACAAAUGCCCCACCUGCGAUAAGCACUUCCGCUACCAGCAAGAGUUCACGUGGCACCAGCGGAGCCACGCCGGGGAGAAGAGCUACAAGUGCCUGGGCUGUGAGAAGAGCUUCCGCUACAAGCAGGAAUUCAUGUGGCACCAGAGGAUCCACGUGGGGGAGAACCCCUACCGAUGCCCCACGUGCCAAAGGACCUUCCGCUGCAAGCAGCAGUAUACGAGCCACCAGAGAGUCCACAGCGCGGAGAGGCCCCAUAGAUGCUCUGCGUGUGAUAAGAGCUUCAGCCGGAACUCAGCCCUUCUUAAGCACCAGCGACUCCACACCGGGGAGGGACCUUACCACUGUCCUGACUGCGAGACAAGCUUCAGCCAGAGCACAAACCUUCUCCAACACCAGCGAUCCCACGCACGCAAGAGAGCCCGGCUGGAUGGGCAGAAGCCUUCCGAGAGGAGGCAACCCCAGCAAGGCCCUCGCAAGGCUGCGGGCAGAGAGCCCCUGUAAACCCCCCGAGCCUGUAGAAUGUUUCAGGGGGAGCACUCGCUUUCGUGAGCAUCUGGGAGCCCGAAGCAGGAGAGGAGCUCAGCUGAUGAACCCAGCAUGUGAGAGCCUCACGCACAAGCUGAAGUUGCAGUGCCCCACGGGAAAGGCCUGGGAAGGGGCUGAACGGGUGGAAAGGGCUGUAGAGUCAGAGUCCCUCGGGGAGCCCGGGAAAGACACACAUAUGGCAACGAGUUGGCAGUAGGUCCAGUAGAACUUCUCUUCCUGAAGGUGCUCAGAUACUUCGGUGAUGGGCAGCAGGCGAGAACCCUGGAAUCCAGUGCCCCGUCCGGCUCCUGACUCUGUGCCUUAUCAUUGCUAAAUGAGUAGCUGCUCCGGUGCCCCUGUGACUAAGGUGCUCACCUGCUCCCGUCCUGCUCCCCUCAUGCUGCAUUGUCAGCCUUAAAUAUGCCAGGAGAUCUCCAUUGCCAGGGGGAAACCAACACGUUCAUGCAACGUUGUGGUGGAGGAUGUCAGCGCCAAGGAGUCAGGACGGUCGAAGUGCUGGGACUCACAACAACCCUUUAGCUGAGCCCUCUGGAUAGCGAUAACUCACAGCGGUAGGCAGGGUACUGGAGCGAUGACGCCCUGCUGGCUCCACCCCUGCCCCAGGUCCUCAGAUCAAACCGUUUUGCUGCAUCACCCGUCAGAGUAAAGGAGGAGCUAUGUGGGUGCCUCGCUUACUGUUACUUUGCUCAAAUGAUGCACAAGCAAGGUAACAGCGCCACCUCUAGAGGGCGAUCUCAUACUGACAUCAUGGGGCAUUUCUGGUACUUGCCGUUAUUUGAAAAUCAAGGUGACCGUGACCCACCUGUACCCACUGCUGCAAAGAUCCCUCUGCAGGAGGUCCUGCUGUGAGAGCUCAAAGCACAGCUUCCCAUGUACCUCCAAGUACAACUGCCUUUCUCACCAGCUCUCUGCCGCUUCGGCCCCGUGUUACUGUGCAGACUGUGAUAUGGGAGCUGUAUUUCUCUAAGCGCCAGCGCUGCAUGCACACAUUGUGCACCUCUCUGCUAGCUGAUGGGGGCUCGGCUGUGAUCCCUCCCUCGCCCAGCCUUUGGGGAAUCGAGUGCUGGAGAUAGAUUCACACCAUCCAUCAGCUCCUUCCUGGAAGUGCGGCUGGCGCUGUGCAGAGGCGUUUUGGCUCCCUCUCCCCAUGCAAAGCCAGCCCCAUCAGACGUUUUUCUCUAUGACAUCUCAAACCCUCUUUUCAUGCCAUAGUCAGAACUUUUCCUGGGGCUAAAUUCUGUUACACUGAUGUAAAUCCAGAGCAACUCCACUGAAUUCAGUGGUGUUUACGCUGCUGUAACUGGGAGCAGAAUCUGGCACUUGACCUAAGAUCUUGUUCCUCCCUAGUGUUGCUCCAGGGCAGUGUGGUCAGUGGGAGCGGUAGCCACCUCCACCCUUUGUCCUGUCUCCACCAUCUUGUGGAGCAUGAGAAAUACCUGUAGGGAAUGGGAUCUGCCACAUGUGUGUGUGUGUGUGGGGGGGGGGUUGGAUUGUCCCUUGUCCUGAUAUGGGCUGAAAUCCAUUGGAUGCAUCCAAAUCACUGACCCAGUGUCUCCAGCUGGCCCAUUGUGUGUUUCCUCCACGCCCAGGCUCUAGAAGAGUGCUCCUCUCUCUGGCUUUAUUAAUUGGAGGAUUGUGGGACGGUGAGUGUGUGUAUAUGUGUGGGGGGUCAAGGCACUGGUGUGGGGGUCCAGGAGACCAGGACUCAAUCCCCAGCUCUGCUGUAGACUCUGUGUGGGCCCUUGGGCCAGUCUCUCUGGCUGUAGGUCUCAGCUGCAUAGUCGGGAUAAGAGCAGGGCCCUGCUGCCGGGGGUGGUUGUGAGGCCAAAUCUGCGCACCGUUCUGAGGUACUUAGAUUCUGCAGGGAUGGCAGGUCAGUACCUAGCCAGAUAUUCUCCGCGGCUUGCUAGGCUGCUCCACCGGGCUCGCAGCGCCCCCGCCACGGGACCCGCUGACUUUAGAGCAGUUCAUCUCCCCAUGCCCGGUAGGGUCUGCUGAAUGGGGUCGCUCAAUGCAGAUGCCGAUCCGCUGGGUGGAGCAAACACUGGGGUUACCUCAGGUAUAAAUACAUGCGACAAGCAUCCCUAAUGCCACUUCUCUCACUGAAAGCAUCGGUCCAUUCUUAAUGGCUCCCUCCACGCUGCUCCUCUUGGAGCUGGCAGUGUCUGUCCUCCCCCCCACCCCC